UGUGACAACUGGCGGGAUUUCUUCGCACGGGUAGGUGCUGGCUCUCAGUUUACGUUGUUUUUCUGCAGCACAGCGCUUACAAAUUACCCAAAAGAUGAUGGCCACGAACGGAAAAGAAACUUGUGGAGUAAACGGUGACGUGUCGUCGGUCAGUUUGAACGGCAGCAGCGGCGACACAUUAGCUAACAAGAAGUCCCAGUUGGCGGCAAAUGGAACGGCGGAGAGGUUCACCUUCAGCCGCGAACCCACCGUGGAGGAUAUCCGGCGAAUGCAAGCGGAGUUCACGGACGAGCGGGACUGGAACCAAUUCCACAAGCCACGCAACCUGCUGCUGGCGCUGGUCGGGGAGGUGGGCGAGGUGGCGGAGCUGUUCCAGUGGAGAGGGGAGGUGGCGGAGGGCCUGCCAGACUGGACGGAGGGCGAGCGGGAGCAGCUCGCGCAUGAGCUGAGUGACGUUUUGAUCUACCUCGUGGAACUGGCCGAGAAGUGUCGCGUGGACCUUCCACAAGCCGUGCUGCGCAAAAUGGCCCUGAACCGUUUGAAGUACCCCGUCAGCAAGGUGCACGGAUCGGCCAAAAAGUACACCGAGUACAAGGACUGAGAGUUUUAUACGCUACUUUGGAGACUGAACUUACUGUGUUGCCCCCUACCGGCGAACUCAGAAUGCCCCGGUGUUUGCCCCUGCUGGCUGCUGCUGUGUGACUUUUAAGUUGCUGCUUUUCUUCUUUUUUUUUUUUUUUUUUUUAGUUGAAACGUUUUUUUAAAUCCUGUUUCUGGUAUUGGAAGCAUUUACUGUGCAGAAUCUUGUUGGGUCUUUCUCUUUAUUGGUUUCAGUCUCAGAAGUGGACAUUUGGGAAGAGGCAAAAAGAUUUUUUCUUUUUGUUGUAUUUGUCCUUAUUUCUCAUUGGGGUUGGAUUACUAAUUCUUAUUGUUUGUACACAACACUGUCCUUUAGUAAAAGGUGUUGUAAUUCUA